CAAUUUUACUCUUUUACCCUCAGUCUUGUCUCUGUAUCUUGUGUUGAGCUAAAACGAGAACUAGAAUCUUCUUCCAUACAUACAGUCGAGUGCCACACGAAACAAAAACCGAUCUGGUCAACCAUGGAAGAAGUUCAAGAGUCUCAACCUCAAUCAACUCUAGGUAAAGAAAAUGCAGAUGAAGUGGUUGAUGAAAGUUCUGAAUAUGGUAAAGGGGAAACACCAGAAGAAUUAUUGAGUAGACCUCCAAAAGUUGAUUCUGAAGUUGAGGUUCUUCAUGAGAAGGUUACUAAACAAAUAAUUAAGGAAGGUCAUGGCCAAAAACCUUCCAAGUAUUCAACAUGUUUCUUCCAUUACAGGGCAUGGGCUGAGAACACGGAGCACAAAUUUGAAGAUACAUGGCAGGAGCAACGACCAAUUGAGAUGGUAAUAGGAAAAGAGAAGAAAGAAAUGACUGGUUUGGGCAUUGGGGUGGCAAGCAUGAAAGCUGGGGAGCGUGCGUUGCUGCGUGUGAACUGGGAAUUAGGAUAUGGAAAGGAGGGAAGUUUUUCUUUUCCAAAUGUUCCACCCAUGGCAGAUUUAGUUUAUGAAGUUGAGCUCAUUGGUUUUGAUGAAACAAAAGAUGGAAAAGCUCGUAGUGAUAUGACAGUGGAGGAGAGGAUUGGUGCAGCAGAUCGUAGAAAGAUGGACGGAAAUGUUCUGUUUCAGGAAAAUAAACUAGAGGAGGCCAUGCAACAGUAUGAAAUGGCUAUAGCUUAUAUGGGAGAUGACUUCAUGUUCCAGUUAUUUGGGAAGUAUAGGGAUAUGGCAUUGGCUGUAAAGAAUCCGUGCCAUCUUAACACGGCAGCCUGUCUGAUUAAGCUGAACCGGUACGAAGAAGCUAUAGGACAAUGCAGCAUUGUAUUGAGUGAGGAUGAGAACAAUUUGAAGGCAUUAUUUAGGAGAGGUAAGGCUAGAGCAGCACUUGGGCAAACAGAUGCUGCUAGGGAAGAUUUUCUAAAAGCGCGUAAACAAGCCCCUGAAGAUAAAGCAAUUGCAAGAGAAUUGAAAUUACUUGCUGAACAUGACAAAGCUAUUUAUCAAAAGCAGAAAGAGAUCUAUAAAGGAAUAUUUGGACCAAGGCCACAACCAGUACCUAAGAAAAGGAAUUUGCUUUUACUUGUUUGGCAGUGGUUAGUUUCAGUGUUUUAUAGCUUUAUCACACUCUUCAACCGCGAAAAGAACAAAUCUGACUAAUAUUACUACUGUUGAAUAUCAAAACCAUUGUUGCGUUGACAAUUGUUUACGUGCAUCCUAUGAACGGCGACUGCAAUUUGUGGUACUGACGGAAUAAUUGACAGAACAAUUCUGGUUUUGCUAUUACUAUUUAUCUUUGCUAGUGGAACAAUCAGAUGCUGGAAGAAGUCUGUAUUUCACACUUCUCUAGAGUAAUCUUGUUUUGACAAUUUUAUCAACCUAUUCUAAGAUUUGGAUAGUUUGUUCAUAAGCGUUAUUUUGGCCGAUUGAUCUUCCGAUACGAUAGUUUGUUGAUUAAUUUAAUAUAUAAGGAGUAAGGACUA